CGGUGCUUGGUGUACUGUGUGAGUGAGCGCGCGCCUUCCCUGACUGUAGCUGCCUGUCAUCGCUCGCGCUGACAUCACGCAGAGGAUUUGCCACAAUGUCAAACAUAAGCGAACAGCGCGAGCUCAUGGCUUCUCCGCGCCACAAUGACACGCACUGCCGAGUGCGCCGGCUCGUUCUCUAAUCAAAACACUCAGCCGACCUUUUAUGGGUUUAUUCUGUGUCCUGCGAUGCUUUUCGGGUCCACGUGAGUGUUUGAUCCCAGUCAGAGGUCAUGCUGCGGAGGGAGUCUGACACCCACAGCCUGUUUACCUCUGGAGAGACAUCCGAUAAUGACUGUGAGAUGGGGGCGAGUUGUGAAGAGGUAGAUAUAGUGUGCCUGUGUGAGGCCGGUCCCUGUACACUUUAUUCAGAAGCACACGCGCCUACGCUGGGCACUCUGCUGUGUGAACACUGUGGAAAAAACAGAGUCAUGUUAACCAGGUACUCUGAGGGAUAUGGCACAGAGGAGGAGUGCUUGUUAUCCGACCCUCAGGGAGAAAGCGAUGCAGAUGCUGACAUAGAGGACACAGACUGCAGAAUCCAGGAGCACAGCUCUCUCCAGCGAAUCAGCUCACGCAGGCGCAAACGUCCUCGCGUGGCGCGGCAGGACACCACGGAGAGUGAGGACGACGGAGGGCGGAGCCACAAAAGCCAUCGCUGGAACCUGCGGCUCAGUCCCGACAGAGCACACAGCAGGACCAUCCUGGAGGAGAGCGUUUCGCAGGUGAGGCCGCUCAUCAUCACUGGGCCCAACGUGGAGAAGCAGAAGAGUCCUUCGGAUGGGUCCCGAGGCUCCAAGCUGACCUCCCUGUGGCCCUCAUCCCUACCUCUCCCCGUCAAGCUGCUGCUCCUGCUGCCCGUCUCGCUCUCUCUCGUCAUCGUCAUAAUCUCAUUCCUGCUGCCCUGGGCCGCCACAUGACACAGCAUUCUGGGCUUUUUUUUCCCAAACAUCGCACAAAUGUCAUCAGUCUUAUGAUGUAGUCGAUAGUAUACUUAUUUUUUAUUACUUUUUUUUUUUUUUUUAAAGAAGAAUUAGCAAUGAUAUCAAUGAUUAUUUCUGUUUAGAUUGCGCUGUAUUGAAGGAUGCUAAACACGUUCUUGGCCGAAUCUUUUCAAGGAGCUUACAGUCGCUAAGUUUCAGUUUCUCACCCCCUCAUUUGUAAAAAUAAACCUAUCAUCUCGUGGCCCCCGUCAUAAUGAGCUGCAAGAGCAACAUGGAGGUUGGUGGGGGGCACCAAGGGGUUCAGGAACCUUCAAACAGGGUAACAACACACUCCAUAGGAAAACAUGUGAAAGACGAUGCCGCUACACUAUGCAAUUCCUCUGUUCCUCCUGCGGCGCUGUGAGUGCUGUUAAUGAGCUUCGGUCUCGUCGUGUCCUUGGCCCUGACACUACCCCCCUCCCUCAGCCUCUUCCCAUUCUCCCCCCUCUUAGGAGUAUCUUCUGUUAGUGCAGGGACCUGUGGCUCUAAAUAGCGUGCAACCCAAUUUAAAAAGCAAUAGCAGCUGAGAUCAGACACAAGUUGGCUGUGUAUAAUCUACUGAACAUCUGUUGGUUUUCAUGAACAGAUUACAUGGAUCUUUUCUUUUUCUUUGUUGAAGAUUAAUUUAAAACACCAAUCCAUAGUAAAAAUGAGCUGACCUCAAAACAAAUGAAGCUUUAGAAAAAAAAAAUACUGUAACUAUGUACAAUAAGUUCAUAUACAUCCACAUAUUCACAUAAUGCCAACAUCAUAAAUAUGAAUCUUAUGUUACGUAUGUUAUCGUAUGAUUGCUGUUUAGAAAAACUGAGGUUGACAAUCAAUCACGCUAGUUGUUACAAGCUGAAAUGCAAACUUGUAAGAAGCCAUUUUGGCUACUCUGUACUGUAUGCUAUAUUUGUUUUACGAUGUUCUUUCUUUUUACUUAUGAAUGAUAUUUAAACAUUUUGUCCAACUCACCAGAAAAGAGAAGUGGUUGUUAUUAUUCAUCUUCAUGUGCUGUAUUCUAUUAAGUACUGUGAAUUUAGUUUAGUCUUCAAUCCUGCUGUAUUGCUCUUCCUAAAGCUUGCAUUUCUUACAUUGUAUACAUAUAUCCAUUUUUGUGUUUCAUGGGGCAAUAAAUUGUCAAUAAAACUAGAUUGUAUUUUAACAAAAAAA